UGCUCAGUUUGAGACAGAAGAAGAAGAAGAAGAAGAAGAAGAAGAAGAAAAGAAGCGAAGAAGAAGAAAAAUAACUUUUUUUCCUCUUGUUUACAAACUUUUUUCCUCAGAGGAACUUCUGGAGAAACAAACAUGAGUCACGUCGACGUGAAGAAUCUGAAGCCCACAUCUUUUGAAGACGAAUACUACGACGAAUAUGAAUAUUACAACUUAACCGACAAGUACGCAGAGGGCUCAGCCCGUAAAGGCAGGACAAAGAAGGAGGCCAGCGACAACACCAACAGACCCAACCCCGCCGGGCACGAGCGCAAGAUUGUGGACAAACUCCAGAACAGCGAGAAGAAAGCCAAAGAGUGACCGCUGAGGGCAACUCGGACGGCUCAUCCCGGACACCGACCACGGCCUCCUUGGCGACGGACAGAACGAGACGUGCAGACGGCAGGAAGGAGCGUCUUUGAGCUCCGAUGGGCGAGGUUCUACCUGGGCGUGAAGAGGAGCCCGCAGAUCCAGAUGUUCCAGCUGCUGCUCCUCCAGUGAGACGGGCAGCAGACUGAGGCUCCUCAGCCUGUAGGUGUUGUAAAGCACUCACCUGUGGCGGGGUGCACCGGGUCCCUGUUUGGACCGUGACGGUGCACGGUGGUGGUGGUGGUGGUAGUUGGGUGAUUUUCUGUGUCUCAACAAGUUUCAAUGGAUUUUUAAAAGAAAAAUAUUUUUUACAUUAAAAACUUUUUAAGUGA